AUGGCUGAGAUUGAUGAGUGGUCGGCGAACGCCACUGAGGCCGUGAACAUCAGCCUGAUUGCUCCUGCUGCCGGCGCAACGAAGUCGAUCGCUUCAUUCAACCCAAAGUUCACAUACUCCAUUUUCGGCGAUGAGGAGACCAUAUUUGGUUACAAGGAUCUCAAGAUCAACCUGCGAUACCUGACCUACGAUAUGCGCCCUCAUGUUAAGGUGUCGUGGGGCAAGAAAUUCAAUUCUGUCGGUGAGACUGAAGCCGCAGAUAUUGACGACAUUCUGAGGCAGCAUCUGCCUGGUGUCGCGUUCCAGUCAGCCAAGGAAUUCGAGAGCCGCGCGCAAAGUCAGCCUGACAACUUCACCCCUCCCGGUUCCCUUCACUCGAGCUUCGAAGGCGAUGAUGGAACAUACGAAGUAUGGAAGGGUAGCUUGGCGGACACCGCCGUGCGCCAGAUCGUGAACCGCGUCGAGGCCCUCGUUCCGCUGUUCAUCGAAGGAGGAUCGUACAUCGCGCGCGAUCCGGAGAAUGAGGAGGAUCCUUGGAAAGCACCCGAAGACGCCAACCGGUGGACCGUCUACUUUCUGUAUCGCAGGCAGCCAUCUGCCGAAGCCUCAGAGACACCAUCCUACACUUUCGUCGGCUACUCGACUGUCUACAAAUUCUUCAGCUUCCGUCCUCCGACGCCACCCUCGAGCGAUUGGGACCUCCCAAAGGAGGAGUUCAACCUCCUAGAUCAGUUGCCCUGCCGCUCAAGACUUUCUCAGUUCCUUAUCCUGCCGCCUUUCCAGGGUAAAGGCAUCGGUGCCCGUCUCUACAAAACGAUCUUUGACACAUACCUUCAAGAUCCCCAGACCUUUGAGCUGACAGUCGAGGACCCUAAUGAGGCGUUCGAUGACAUGAGAGAUCUCUCUGACUUGACGUUCCUCCGCUCUCUGCCCGAGUUCAGCAAAGUCAAGAUCAACACCGAUAUCUCUCUGCCGAGGCCUCCUACCGGUACGGUCCCCCGGGACCUGGUGGAUUACGAGUUGCGUCAGAGCCUCCGCCAAAAGACAAAGAUCGUGGAACGUCAGUUCAAGAGACUGAUUGAGAUGCAUACUAUGUCUCAGUUGCCUGCUUCGGUCAGGGCAGGAUUCGGCGAGGAGAAGAAGCCAUUAGCUACAAAGGAGGACAGGCACCAAUAUCAUCUGUGGAAGCUCUUCGUCAAGCAACGCAUCUAUCGUCAGAACGGCGAUGUUCUUGGUCAGCUGGACAUCAGCGAGCGAAGUGAAAAGUUGAACGAAGCCCUCAGGAGCGUGGAGCUUGAGUAUGCUAGACUCCUGGAUUGGCACGCACGUUGGGAGAAACACAGACUUGGUGCCACCGAGGCGGACGAGUCCAGCAGUAAGAGAAAGUCAGUGGAUGAUGCCGAGGAGCAGGGUUCCAACAAGAAGGUCAGGAUCGAAGACGUCUGA